AUGCGGUUCGCGCGUCGGCGUGGCGCGCGUUUCCUCACAGAAAACUACGAGUCGCGUUCGACCGAACGACGGCGUUCCCGCUUCAGCCGCACGCCCGCCCGGAGGGCCCGGCAAUCAGGCUGGGCCCGAGGCGGCAGGACGGCGACCCUCCGGCACGCCUUCCUGGAGCUGCAGCGCACGCUGCCGUCGGUCCCGCCCGACACCAAGCUGUCCAAGCUGGACGUGCUGCUGCUGGCUACCACCUACAUCGCGCACCUCACCCGCAGCCUGCAGGACGACGCCGAGACGCCGGCGGACCCCGCGCUGGGCGCCCUCCGCGGCGACGGCUACCUGCACCCGGUUAAGAAAUGGCCCAUGCGAUCAAGAUUAUACAUCGGUGCUACUGGUCAGUUUCUGAAGCAUUCUGUCUCUGGAGAAAAAGCAAAUCAUGACAACACUCCAACAGACUCACAGCCUUAGGCUCUCCCCUGUUGGGGACUGGUAGAAUGAUGGCUAUUGUUUUUAAAUACUGUGAAAUAUUCUAUAUUUAUUAUAUCAGACAUAAACAUUUCUGAAAAUUUACAUAUUAACAUACAGUUGGAUAUUCAGAUAUAUCUAAUUUAAAUAAAUGUGGAAUCAAAUAAUCAGUCUUAAAUAAAACACACAGCUUAUCUAUUCAAUGUGAGAGGGAGUC